UGUCAUGGCCGGGGAGGAAACAGGCGAGGAAGGGCAAACACGAGGGACUCCAGAGAAAGGCAUAACUUAAUGGAAUGGAUGCACUUUGGUCACUGAACAUACAGACCGGAGGAGCCGGGGUCGACUACACACUCUACAUCUGGAGCCACAGCUGCACCGUGCUCUGAACUAAAGUGGUGGGCAGACUGAACAGCCUCACGUCGCCGUCCACAGACCCCUGCUGAAGUUUGACUAAAAGUUUCUCCAUUUCAAGAUGACAAAUCUGUGGCACUUCCUGCUCCUGCUCUGGGCAUGUAGUCCUCUGUGCCUCCCAUCCAGGGUAAGCUUCAUUGGUACACCGCAGGAGUGUGAAAAUGCUCACUUUGUCCCUGGUUACAAUCUGGGUGGAGAAGGCUUCGACAUUGUGACGAUGGAGAGAAAAGGUGCCUAUGUCAUCGACACUGAGACGUGGAAGCUUCGAGACGGCACCUGCAGGAUGUACAGAAACAGCUACAUGAAUCAGGAAAAGCAGAAGGUCCCUGUUGCAAUGCUGGACUGGAGAACCCUCCCCAAGUGCAGUUUAUCAGUCUCCAGUACACUCUAUGAUUCUGCUGAAACACUUGCUAAUGAUUCCACAUCAUCUGUGUCCAAUGACUGGAAGGUUGGCCUUGAAAUUCCUGUUUCUAGUGGCGUUGGGCUUGGGAUAGGUUUUGGUGGUUCCCACUCCAAAGCUUCUAGCUUUGGCAUGCAAAAGUCAAAACAAGAUCAUUACAGCUUCUUUCGCCAUUCUAUCAACUGUAAAUUCUACGGUUACAGACUGGCAGCCAAUCCUCCACUGAGUCACAACUUUGAAUCAGUUGUGAACUCCCUUCCUUCUUAUUCAAGUACGACAGAGCAUUCAUACCGCCAUUUGGUUGAGACAUAUGGUACUCAUUUCAUCACACAAGUGUAUCUCGGAGGGGAAAUGAAGGCCAUCACUUCCAUCAAGACCUGCGAAGCAUCCAUGAACGGCCUGUCAGCAACAGAUGUCAAGGACUGCCUCUCAGUGGAGGCCUCAGUUAGCUUCGCGAGUACUGCCACCAUUAAGGCCAUGAACAAUCACUGUAACGAAGUGAGAAAAAAGUUGAACUCUGGGCAAAGUUUCAGCAGUGCAUUUAGUGAGCGAUACACAGAGAUCACUGGUGGACACAUUAAUGGAGCUGAUAUCCUCUUUCAAGAGCAAUCAAACCCCUCUCUCUAUAACGACUGGAUCAGCUCUCUGAAAUACACACCCGAUGUGAUUCAAUACAAUAUACAGCCAAUGCACAUGAUUCUGCCAAGCAGUCAUCGUGCCAGAGCUGGACUGAAGCGAGAGGUGGAGAAGUACAUCAAGAAAAAUGCACUGAUGAAACAAUGCUCAGAGUCCUGUAAGAUUGGGCACAGAUCCAGCAGGAGAGAUCCUUGUGCUUGUGUCUGCAAUGGUAAUCAAAACGUCAAUUCAAACUGCUGUCCUGCUGGGAGAGGUCUUGCAACAUUAAAGGUGUUCAAUAUUUAUGCAAAGAAUCUGUAUGGUGACACAACUACACAAACAGAUGGAUCAGUACUAGUUAAAUAUGGUGACCAGAUAAAGCACACUGACAUUAUAGCAAAUGAUGAUAAUCCCAGAUGGUCAGAGGUAUUUGAGUUUGGACCCAUCACACUUAACAUGAAAGACAAACUGGAGGUUGAUGUUUAUGAUGAGGAUAGUUACUGGAACAGUGAUCAUCUGGGUGGGUGUUUGGUUAAACUGCGUAGAGGGUGGCAGAAUUACAGCUGCAUGCUAAAUCAUGGUACUGUCUUCUUUUCCUGGAAAGUGGAGUGUGCACCAAGUCUUGGUGGUGACUCCUGUGAGGAGUACGUCCCCUCUCCCAUGAGUUCCUCUUUGGCCAAAGUCUUUCACACCAGAAAUGGUAUCCUUAUUGGAGAAACUGGUGAGAAAGAUCACUCAGGCCGGGAAUCGGAGUAAGACACAGGAAGACUUUGUGAUGCAUGCAUUUUCAGCAGUGGCUUCCU